AUGGCCACCUCUGCUAUCCAACAAUCAGCAUUCACUGGUAAGACUGAUUUGAGGCAGGGAAAUGAAUUCAUCAGGAAAGUUGGUAACCUUGGCCAAAGUCGCUUCACCACGCGUCGUACCGUGAAGAGUGCUCCUGAAAGCAUUUGGUAUGGUCCUGACCGUCCCAAGUACUUGGGUCCAUUCUCUGAACAAAUUCCAUCAUACCUUACUGCAGAUGGGCUAUGCUUGGUGCGUUGGGAUGUACCUUCCCUGAACUCCUUGAAAAGAAUGGUGUUAAAUUCAGCGAGGCAGUGUGGUUCAAAGCCGGUCAAGGAACUCAAGAACGGUCGAUUGGCUAUAUUCUCCAAGUUUGGUUUCUUUGUUCAAGCCAUUGUUACUGGCAAAGGCCAUAUUCAGAACUUGUAUGACCAUGUUGCUGACCCUGUCGCAAACAACGCAUGGGCUUUCGCUACCAACUUUGUCCCCAGACGAUAA